CUCCCCCACCUGUGAGCAUGGCAAACAAAGGUCCCUCGUUUGGCCUGAGCAGAGACGUCCAGGCCAAGAUUGAGAAGAAAUAUGACGACGAGCUGGAGGAGCGGCUGGUAGAGUGGGUCGUGGCCCAGUGUGGGACAGAAGUGGGGCGCCCCGACCGUGGCAGGCUGGGCUUCCAGGUCUGGCUGAAGAAUGGCAUUGUUCUGGGGAAGCUGGUCAACAGCCUCCACCCCUCUGGCUCAAAGCCCGUGAAGAUCCCAGACUCCCCGCCUACCAUGGUCUUCAAGCAGAUGGAGCAGAUCGCUCAGUUCCUGAAGGCGGCCGAGGACUACGGGGUGGUGAAGACAGACAUCUUCCAGACGGUCGACCUGUUUGAAGCUAAGGACAUGGCUGCUGUGCAGAGGACGCUGCAGGCCUUGGGCAGCCUCGCGGUGACCAAGAACGACGGCCACUAUCAAGGCGACCCCUCCUGGUUCAUGAAGAAAGCCCAGGAAAACAAGCGGGACUUCUCAUCCGCGCAGCUGAAAGAAGGCAAGAACGUCAUUGGCCUGCAGAUGGGCUCUAACCAGGGGGCCUCGCAGGCGGGCAUGACAGGCUACGGCCGGCCCCGGCAGAUCAUUAGCUAAAC